CAGCGGCAGGGAGAAAACAGCCCAAGACGGGAGCACAUGAAGACCACGAAGAAAAUUCUGAGUAGCAAUUGUGAAUGGUAUUCUUGCUAGACACCUUCUGCCUGAGCAUCUGAAAUGAACCUCUUGCAUUGAUUGUUUUGAUUGGCCUGGAGCCAGGAGUACUGGAUUCAGUUGACUUCAGGCUAAAAAGAAAACAGUCUUGGUUGUCAUCACAAACAUACGAACCAGUGUGAUGGUGAAAUGAGAUGAGGCUCCGAAAUGGAACUGUAGCCACUGCUUUAGCAUUUAUCACGUCGUUCCUCACUUUAUCUUGGUAUACUACAUGGCAAAAUGGGAAAGAAAAACUAAUUGCUUAUCAACGAAAAUUUCUUGCUUUAAAAGAACGUCUUCGAAUAGCUGAACAUCGAAUUUCCCAGCACUCCUCUGAAUUGAAUAACAUUGUCCAACAGUUCCGGAGUGUAGGGGUCGAAACAAAUGGAAGUAAGGAUGCGUUGAAUAAAUUUUCAGGUAAUACCCUAAAGCUACUAAAGGAGUUAACAAGCAAAAAAUCCCUUCAAGUGCCAACUAUUUAUUAUCAUUUGCCUCAUUUAUUGCAAAACGAAGGAAGCCUUCAGCCUGCUGUGCAGAUUGGCAAUGGAAGAACAGGAGUUUCAAUAGUAAUGGGGAUUCCCACAGUGAAGAGAGAAGUUAAAUCUUACCUCAUAGAAACUCUUCAUUCCCUUAUUGAUAAUCUGUAUCCUGAAGAGAAGUUGGACUGUGUUAUAGUAGUCUUCAUAGGAGAGACAGAUAUUGAUUAUGUCCACAGUGUUGUGGCCAACCUGGAGAAAGAAUUUUCUAAAGAAAUCAGUUCUGGCCUGGUGGAAGUAAUAUCACCCCCUGAAAGCUAUUACCCUGACUUGACAAACCUAAAGGAGACGUUUGGAGACUCAAAAGAAAGAGUGAGAUGGAGAACAAAGCAAAACUUAGAUUACUGUUUUCUAAUGAUGUAUGCUCAGGAAAAGGGCAUAUAUUACAUUCAGCUUGAAGAUGACAUUAUUGUCAAACAGAAUUAUUUUAAUACUAUAAAAAAUUUUGCACUCCAACUUUCUUCUGAGGAAUGGAUGAUUCUAGAAUUUUCCCAGCUGGGCUUCAUUGGUAAAAUGUUCCAAGCGCCAGACCUCACUCUGAUCGUAGAAUUCAUAUUUAUGUUCUAUAAGGAGAAACCCAUCGAUUGGCUCCUGGACCACAUUCUCUGGGUCAAAGUCUGUAACCCUGAAAAAGAUGCAAAACAUUGUGAUAGACAGAAAGCAAACCUACGCAUUCGCUUCAGACCAUCCCUUUUCCAGCACGUUGGUCUGCACUCAUCACUGUCGGGAAAAAUCCAGAAACUCACGGAUAAAGAUUACAUGAAACCAUUACUUCUCAAGAUCCAUGUCAACCCUCCUGCCGAGGUGUCUACUUCCUUGAAGGUUUACCAAGGACACACACUGGAGAAAACGUACAUGGGGGAGGAUUUCUUCUGGGCCAUCACCCCAAUAGCUGGAGACUACAUCUUGUUCAAAUUUGAUAAGCCAGUCAAUGUAGAAAGUUAUCUUUUCCACAGUGGCAACCAGGAGCAUCCAGGAGAUAUUCUGCUCAACACAACUGUUGAAGUUUUGCCACUUAAGAGAGAAGGUUUGGAAAUAAGCAAAGAAACCAAAGACAAACGAUUAGAAGAUGGCUAUUUCAGAAUAGGAAAGUUUGAGAACGGUGUCGCGGAGGGAAUGGUAGAUCCUAGCCUCAACCCCAUCUCGGCCUUUCGCCUGUCAGUCAUUCAGAACUCUGCUGUUUGGGCCAUUCUUAACGAGAUUCAUAUUAAAAAAAUCACUAAUUGAUCAUCUAAGAAACCAACACGUUUUUUCCUGGUGACUCUGUUAAAGAUAGCUAAGCAUGUACCUUUUUUUUUUUUUU